AUGUUAAAACCUUUACCGGAGGUAGCGGUUUUAACAUGUCACGAUUUGUAUAUUUGUAUUAAGUGGACACUGAUGAACGAACUGGAGGACUUGGACUACGCAGAUGAUCUCGCGUUACUGUCACAUCGCCUGCAAGACAAGCAAGAUAAGGUAGACCACCUGAGAGAAACUUCACGGCAAGUGGGCUUGAGGAUCAGCCUGGAAAAGACAAAAGUGCUGCAUAUCAACAACAAGCAGGAAGAGCCAAUCACAACUGAGGGGGCACCUGUGGAGGACGUUAGUGAGUUUGUCUAUCUUAUCAGCAAAUCAGGUGGAUCAGACGAGGACAUCACUGCAAGAAGCAAGAAGGCUUGGCAAGCCUUCGCUAUUCUUCGGCCGGUAUGGAAGUCCACUGCCAUCUCAACUCGAACUAAACUCCGCUUAGUUCAAACGCAAAAUCUGUGCUUUUGUAUGGCUCUGAAACAUGAGAGUCACCUGCAGCAACUAUAA